AUGGAAGGUCAGAGAGUUGAUACUAUCCGCUCGCUCAAGUUCGACGGCAAGAAUUUUCUUGCAUACAAGGAAGGCCUUAAGGCGGCAUUACGUGCUCGGAAGUGCUGGAAGAUCCUGAUUGGAAGAGAGAAUAAGCCAGAGAAGGACGGCAUGGGUGCUACGAAGCAGAAACGCAAAGAAUAUCGGAACAAGGUGCUGGUGCUGAAUGAUAUCCUCACGAAUACGUUGGAUGAUGAAACUCGAGUCCGAUUAGCACAUUUGAAGCGUCCUCAGGUCAAGUGGGCUGCACUGAGCUUCUAA